AAAAAAACGACUAGACGACUAGAUACAUGUAAUGGAAUGCGCUUACAGCUUACGCGUCUUUUACGUUUCAGGAUAUCGACUACGAAGGAUUUUCGGAUUUCUUGGACACUUUUCUGGAGGUGCGGACGCCCGAGGAGCUUUGCCGUCACCUUUUCCUGUCGUUCGUCAGGAAGCCGAUCGAGAAAAAUCCCGGAGCCUCGUCAGCUCAUCAUUCCAAUAAUAAGGGUUCUACCCCAAAUGUUAAUUCAGUUGGCGAGGCCGUCGACAAGACUUUACUCCUUGGAGAAAAACCCACCACUUACAGUGAAAUGUUGGUAGAAAAAAUCCAUGGAUUCAGCGAAAAACUGCUGGGUCAUCAUCGAUCCGACAGUGACUGUUCCACUAGAGGGAAAACCGAGUCAGUCAGACAUAUAGUGAGGAAGGCCAGCGCACUGGACGUGAACGCUUUGAAGGUAUCCUUGAAGGACAUCGUUUGUUAUCUUUCGCUGCUGGAAGCUGGACGACCCGAGGACAAACUCGAAUUUAUGUUUCGUCUAUAUGACACAGACGGAAAUGGAGUUUUGGAUACGAACGAAAUGGACUCCAUUGUUAAUCAAAUGAUGACUGUAGCGGAAUAUUUGGGAUGGGACGUAACCGAAUUAAAACCGAUCCUGCAGGACAUGAUGAUCGAGAUAGACUACGACGCUGACGGGACGGUCUCGUUGGAAGAAUGGAAGCGGGGCGGCUUGACCACGAUACCGCUGCUGGUCCUUUUAGGAUUGGACGCUAACGUCAAAGAGGACGGCAACCACCUGUGGCGCCUCAAACACUUCAGCCGUCCUGCAUACUGCAAUCUAUGCCUUAACAUGCUCGUUGGCCUCGGCAAGAAGGGACUCUGCUGCACGUUUUGCAAAUACACAGUACACGAGCGCUGUGUUGCCAGAGCGCCUGCCAGCUGCAUAGCCACGUACGUGAAGAGCAAAAAACUGUCGCAAACGUUGCAGCACCACUGGGUCGAGGGAAACUGCCAGGGAAAGUGUGCGCGCUGUCGAAAGCCGGUCAAAGCUGGAAUUACCGGCUUGCAUUGCAGGUGGUGCCAAAUUACGCUUCAUAAUAAAUGUGUCUCUCAAGUGAAAGCCGAGUGUGGUUUGGGUGAACAUGCCGUCCAUAUUUUGCCACCCACGUCCAUUUGUCCUAUCGUUUUGGACCGGCAGAGGUCGCUGCAAAAGAGGGGGUCCAAGUACGGGUGUGACAAUGGAAGCUUUGGCAGCAAUUCAAACAAACAGCCAGCUAUGUCAUUCCAAAUAACCACCACUCCAGCUUCUGUACCCCUUUUGGUAUUUAUUAACCCAAAAUCGGGGGGUAGACAGGGUUCGAGAAUAUUGCGAAAGUUCCAGUACAUUUUAAACCCGCGACAAGUACAUAUCCUAGGAACAGGGGGCGGGCCCAUGCAAGGUUUAAGUAUGUUCAAAGACGUUCCCAAUUUUAAAGUUGUUUGCUGUGGUGGCGAUGGCACGGUCGGAUGGGUGCUGGAGACGAUGGACAAAGUCGAACUGGAAUGUCAGCCGGCGGUGGCGGUAAUACCGCUGGGUACCGGAAACGACUUGGCGCGCUGCCUCCGGUGGGGCGGUGGUUACGAGGGCGAGUCGAUACAUAAACUUCUGCACAAAGUUGCCAGAGCAUCGACGGUACAGCUUGACAGGUGGUUAAUAGAACUAUCCGACACUUCUCUGCCAGAUCCGGACCAGAAAAUCACCGAUACCAGAAUCCCGUACAAUAUUAUCAACAAUUAUUUCAGUAUUGGAGUGGAUGCUGCAAUUUGCGUUAAAUUUCAUCUCGAAAGGGAAAAGAAUCCGGAAAAAUUCAACAGUCGGAUGAAAAAUAAGUUGUGGUAUUUUGAAUAUGCGACUUCAGAGCAAUUUUCUGCUUCUUGCAAAAAUUUACACGAAUUUAUUGAAAUUGAGUGCGAUGACGUGAGCUUGGACCUUGCAAACGGGUCCCCCCUUCAAGGUAUCGCUCUCCUGAAUAUCCCUUACACCCACGGGGGCUCAAAUCUGUGGGGCGAACACUUAUCGGGAGUGCGCAGACGCAGCCGCAAGAAGAAAAAACAAAAAGACAUCAGCACCAGCAGCUUUAACUCCGUCGACCUCAGCGUGGCGGUGCAAGAUAUCGGUGACGGACUUAUCGAGGUAAUCGGUUUGGAAAAUUGCCUGCACAUGGGACAGGUUAGGACGGGUUUAAGGGCGAGCGGAAGAAGAUUGGCGCAAUGUUCUUCGAUUGUUAUCAAAACGAAGAAAACCUUUCCUAUGCAGAUUGACGGGGAACCGUGGAUGCAACCACCAACAACAAUACGUAUCACACACAAAAACCAAGUGCCAAUGCUUAUGGCACCGCCACCGGAAAAAGGCAAAGGUUUCUUCCGUUUCUUCAAAAGGUAA